UUCUGUUCAUACAACUUUGUCGUGGCAUCUGCAGCUAUGGCUCCCAAGAAGGACAAGAAGAAGAAAGAUGAGCCUGCGCAGCCAGAGCUGGUCACUGCCUACAAAGCACGUGAACCUUUAGCACCGACAGAACCUCCUGAUGCAUCAGAGGCGGAUGCCGCCUGGGCUGAAAUGCGAGACAAAUAUGUCCUCCCGCUUCCAGAAUGGAAUGCUGAAGCCGUCGACACCGCUGAGUGGAAGCCCAACCAGACUGAAAAUGCCUUUGUGAGCAACCAAUUUUCUGUUCUUGGACUUCCACGCAGUUUCGCGGCACUAGUUGCAGGUUGGCGACGUGCUGGUGCAUCUGCCCUCGUAAAGGGUGACCUUCUUCCGGAGGAGCCUGAGCCGCAGGUGCAGCCGCUUCCAGAACUCAAAGACGAGCCGGCUGAGACAGCUCCGGAUCCGAAAGCAAAGGCGAAGCCUAAGGCAGAUUCAAAAGCAAAGGCCAAGGCCAAAGGCCAGCCUGUGGAGGAAGUGCCAACAAAUCCUACCACUAUGCAGCAGUAUGCCGAUUGCAGCUAUGAGGGAGAGGCCAGGGUGGUGAGCCAGUCGGAGUUCCGAUCGCGUGAGCUUGUCCUGGAUCUCGACGAUGCCGCGCCGCAGCUGAGCCAAUCCAUCAUCUCUCAAUUUGCUGCGGUGGCUGAGCACAGACUGCUCCUGCCGAAGGGCUACUUUUUGUGGGAGCUGAUCCAUCCACAGGAUGAAGAGGGCAUGCCGCUCUUCAAUCCUCACGGCAAGUACAUCGUGAAGCUUUUUGUCCAGGGCAAGUGGAGACAGGUGGUGAUUGACGAUGUCGUUCCUGUCGGGUAUGCAAUGCACGGGAACAACACCUAUGCGUCGCUGCUGCCCACCAGCCAGGAUGUCAACAUCAUUUGGCCUCAGCUGCUGGCAAAAGCUUUGAUGCAGGUGUUUCAGGAUGACCUGAACAUCCCCGUGCUGCCUUGCAUCACUGCCCUCACUGGCUGGAUGCCUUACCAGGUGCCAGUGUCUUGGAAUGCUCUCACGGGCAUGAAAUCGGUCCGGACUUUCUGCAGCCUGCAGAGCAACUCUCAGGUGGACUUCGAAGCGCGGCAGCGAGCGGAAUUGAUGCCCACCAUUCCGCAGGCGGAGGCCGUGCCCAACCCUCGCAAGUCGAUAGCAGCUGCAGCUGUGGCACAACAGCAGGCCGUGCCAACUGCUCCAGUGGAGGAGAAGAACCUGAAGCUCGGAAAUCAGCCGCAGGAGGCCCUUCUGGAGUUUCUGGUGUGCGAAGUUGAAGAGGAUCCCCGGCAGGUGCGCCUUAAAGCUGACUCCUAUGUCCCACAGCAUGGCACUCCGAGAAAACAUGUCCGAGAUGCAGAUAGCGAGGAUGAAGAUGCCUCUGCCGAUGCUGGCAACAAUGAUCAGCCAGCUCGAAUCGAUGAGGAGGCUGAUGAUUCUGAUCAUGACGACCUCGAUGAGGACGACGACCGGCGGUCACAAAAUACCCACUCGGGAGAUGCCGAAGGCGUAGAGAAGCGAACUGACCAGGGUGGUUCCCAAAACGGAGAAGGCCAUGAAGCCGAGACGCAGGAGGAAGACCAGGUGACAGAUGAUAUGCCGUGGACGGCACCAUGGCCAGAUCAGAACCCAGCCCCGCUGAUGAUGAAGAGCUCCAUCCAGGAGUUCCAAUCUCAGCUCGAAGGCGGUUGCUGGGUGAGCUUCGAAGAUUUCGAAGCUUCCGCAUCCCCUCUCUGCAGCUACAUUCCUCCUGGCGAACACGUUCUCUCUGCCACACUGGAUACAUGCUGGGCUGGAGAGCGCGCACAGGCCUACUUGCCACCAAAGACCAUGCUGCUGCGGCUUUGUUUGGUUCUCCAAGAGCUGGAUCAAAGUACGUCCAGGAGUUCGCGAGACACUGGCGAUGCCAAGCCAAAACCUGGACCACCAUGGCUGCAGACUGUUUUCAGCUAUGAGCCUUUGCGCCAAAAUCACAGGCUCACCGAGUCUCCGCCUCCGCUGACUCCGUGCAGCUGUGUUUUGCAGGCCAUCAAUGACUGGCGGCCGAGCUUUCACACCUCACGUCAGUUGCAAGCGCCGGAGUGCAUCAAUCUCACAGUUGGUGAAGGAACUCCACCCAGUGGUUCCGUAUUCCAUUCCUUGCUGUUACCUCCAGGCGAGCAUUGGUAUCUCAUCCAUGAUGAUGCAGCAGAACAAGCUGGCUCCGUGCUUUCCGUGAAUGUGGAGGGCUUGCUGCUGAAUUCCAUGAAGUCGAAAGUGGAGUUUCUGGAGCCUGCCAAAGUGCUGGCCAAGAAUAAGCUCUCUUUGCUCUCCGUUGGCCCAAUACAGUAUCCGGUGCACACCGGUUAUACUGUCUGGGCCAAGGCUGAGAUUCAGAUAGCCGAGGACGGCUUGCACUCUCUGCAGCUGCUGUGCCAUGUCACAGAUGUGACACUUUGGCCCUUCAUUCAGCUGUCUUGCCUCAAGGUGUCGCAGCUGGAGCUUGACGAGCCUGAGAUGCGUUGCGCCAAUUGGUGCGUGUCGACCCUGACGAAGUCACCACUGUUGCGGACCAUGUCACUGCCUUUGAAAGACAAGGCUGUUGACAGAGCUGGCAAGUACGUUCUGAUGCUGGAAGCGAAUUUGCCGCCGGAGGUACUUCCGAAGUCAGGGGGUGAGGUGUCACUUCAGCUCUUCGCACCUCCUGGCAGCGGUGGUCUGGAAGUAGAUCUUGAAGGUGACAAAGAGACUGAGGACACAGGCAUGGAAGACGAGGCGCCUCUUCAGCUCAACAUGUUGACCGUGGACAAGGUGAUGCGCUGGAACGGUGAGUGCGCUGAAAAUGACAAGGGGCUAGUUCUUUGCGAGCGGAUAACCGUGCCGCCUGAAGCUGGAGAUGUGACGAGUGCAUUGCGGGUGACAGUGGAGGGUUUGCCGCAGGCCUUUCUCCGCGCAACCUUGGUGGCCCAAAUGCCUCCGACAGAUGAAAUGAGACCUCAAAAUCCUGACGGGGCCCCAUUGGAGCCGCUGGUUCCCGGAGCUCCGAUCAACCCUCGCGACUAUGGCGGCCGCAGGAACUGGCUCUCACGCUGCAAGAAAGUAGCUGAGAGCUGCGGGCUGGAGAUUGUUUCCUUCUCGCAUGUGCUCCUCACUGAAGCAUCGACUUACAUCCUCUAUGUGCAUUUGGAUGAGUUCAGAGGUCCAGGUGGACUUGAUGGUGGAACCUGGCUGCUGGAGAGCUUUGGUUCUGGUUCCUUGGAGGUCGGCUCCGACGCCAUGGAGCAAGACUUGGAGGAGUUGGUGCGAAGAUCCUGGGCAGAUGCCUCACAGGAGCCGGAUGGGCCACCACGGAGUGAGAAAGCUGCAGCAGCGCGAGAGACCUGGUUGGCGGAAUCGAAAGAGCCCAAAGACGAGGCAGAGGAAGAGACGGAGGACUCUGUUAUUUGCGGGGUGAAGCGCGAUGUUUUGUUGACGCGAAAGGAGCAGAAGAUGCUUGAAGCGGUGUUGGCGCGCACCAGGGAGGUCAGCCACCCAAACAACACAAUAUCAAAGUAUUUGGAUGGUCAUGCAGACACCCCAGCUUUGCUUAUCCAAGAGGACCCUUACACAGUGGCGCCAGACAGGCCCGAAUGGAAGCCUUCGGAGGAUACUGACGGUACCCUGGACGAGGUAGGCGCCGAGGACACCGAGGCGGCCGUGGCGGUGAAGGCCUUGGGCACCGAAGGCGAGCGCCAGGCCCGGGAUCUGGAGAUCGAGCUCACCACUGCGAGGUGGCAAGCUGCGAAGGACAACUUGGAGGCUGCAAAAGAGCGGAAUGCAAAUCAAAUUCAGGAGUUGAGGCAGUGGCGUGAGGAACGAAGCGCUGUGCCAGCUGGCAUUGAGGCAGCAAACUUCGCACCAACAAGGCGAGAAUUGAGGGGUGCCCUUCACACUCGCAUGGAGAAAUGCGCCAUCCUGAAGGUUGCGACCCUUCAUCCUGAGCGCACUGAUCCUGAGCCGCUGAGAGCCGCCCUAGCAGAAGCAGAUGAAGCAGGUUCAAAAAACUAUGAUGCCGACCUCAUGGAGAACGCCGCAAGAAAGCUGCGGGUGCUGGACGCCUCUGCGACCUUCAAGGAGUCCUUGGCGGCAGCGGAGGCGAAGAUUGAGGCUGCAGCAGCUGCGACAGCCACAGCUGAGGCUGCUGAAGAAGGCAGCGACAGCUUUGCACAGGCCAAAGAUGCCGCAGCAGCUGCAGAGGAAGAGGCAGCGGCAGCCGCCAGCGCCCUGAGCGAAAGCCUCGCCGAAUUGCAGGCCAGCAUCAAGGAGGCAAAGGCCAAAGAGCUUCCCAUCCCAGCAGAAUUGCUCAAUGAGGAGCCAAUGGACAAGGCCUCGGCUCUGCUGAAGCAGCGCGAAGCUGCAGGUGAGCCUGCUUGAGAGUGCGGCUGCUUGGUAGUUAGGAGAACGCAUGGAAACGAAAAGACGCCACAGAGCUUUGCUUUUUUAGGAAUUCGCUCUGCACGAGACGGUAUAGCUGUCCAGGCCUGUGGCUUCCGAUUGAAGCAGUUCAAAGGCCAAACAUGAAGCAAGGUAAGACAGUCGAGAGUAGAUGUUGUGCUCAUUCUGCCUGUGGCUUUGCGAAGUUUCACCCCAAAGCCUGGCCUCUGCC